AUGGCAUCGUGGCUGCAAGAGGUGCCGGCCCUGAGGGCAGAUAUCAAUGGCGAGAUUCUACUGCCCGGCGACGAGGGAUACGAAGCAAGUCUGGUGCGGUGGUCCAUCGUUUGCAUCAAGCCAGCGGCUCUAGUCAUCAAGCCAAAGUCGGCCCAUGAUGUGUCGGCAGCGAUCCGCUUUGCAACAAAACACAACAUCCCCUUCACUACCUGCGGCGGAGGCCACUCUACCGCGGGAACCUCGUCCUCGGACGGCGGAAUGGUCAUCCAUUUAGGCCACCUCCGUGACGUCACAGUCGACGCCGGGAAGCGUCUCGUCACGUACGGCGGCGGGUGUACUUGGAAGGACGUUGACAACGAGACUUGGAAGCACAGUCUCGCGACCGUCGGCGGCACCGUAUCGCACACGGGCGUCGGCGGCCUUGUGCUCGGCGGCGGGCAAGGUUUACUCAGCGGACUUCACGGCCUCGCCGUCGACUGUCUUGUGGAAGUGGAGGUAGUCCUCGCUGAUGGGUCGAUCGUCACGGCGUCCGAGACGGAGAAUGCUGACCUCUUUUGGGCGCUGCGCGGCGCCGGCGCGAGCUUCGGCAUCGUCACUCGGUUUACUUCUGAGGUAUUCCCACAGGGAAGAGUGUGGUAUGGGGCUCUCAUGUUCGCCAGCUCCAAGCUUCCUGAUCUCCUUACUUGGGCCAACGAGUUUGUUGAGAAGAUGGACGGGAAACAAGUCCUCAUCAUGGGAUUUGCUUAUGGCCCGCCGGGGCCCGAUGCUAAGCCUUUGAUUGUUGUGCAGCCGUUUCAUAACGGCACAGGGCAAGAGGCCACCGGGGGUAUCUUCAAGGGACUCCUCGAGGCGGGGCCGCUAUUGAACAUGACGAGCGAGAUGGACUACCCAGCAGCCAACACGUUACUCGACGAGCUCCAGGGGCCCGGCGCGAGACGGUUGAUGGGCGGGACGAAUGUCACCGCGCCGUUUGAGCUAGAAAAAUGGGAAGAGAUGAGCAGGGAGUUCUACUCGCGCGUCGACGAAGAGACGGCCGCGGGCAACGACAUGCAUGGAAGCAUCCUAGCUGUUGAAAUUUAUAACAAGGAUAAGGUGGUGAAUGUGCCGUUUGGGGCGACGGCGUACUCGAACCGCGGGACGUACUUUGACUGCAUGGUGUUGACCUGCUGGACAGACCCGGCCAAGGACGGGAUGAUCAGGAGCUGGAAUCGGGCUUUGUCGGUCAAGAUCAAAGGAGAGAACCACACCGGCGAGAGUGGAGGUGUGGGACAGUACAAUAAUUAUGCCAGCAGCGAUGUGGGUGUCAAGGAAGGAUUCGGACAGAACGCCAAGAGGUUGGUGGAGUUGAAGAGCAGGUAUGAUCCGGAGAACAGGUUUUCGCGCAGUCCUUGGAAGAUUGUUGCGUCGUAG